CAGUGAAAAAUCGCUUUGCUUUUUUUUAACUGUUAAGAAGUGUAUUUUAGACUAACAAAAUCGUUUUGCCAUCAAUGCUGAAAAUUCAUCCAAUGUCAGCCUGGACAAACCGUUCUUUUGCGCUCACAAUCUUCAUAUUUUUUUCUUCCUAUAUUGUAAGUUUGUUCUUUUAAUCUCUUCUUCAGAAAUAGUAAUAGAUGACGUAAUCUGUCCUGAUAACUCUUCAAGAUGUCCAGGUAGCACAACGUGUUGUCAACUGAUGAGUAAAAAGUAUGGUUGCUGUCCAUUACCAAAUGCUGUUUGCUGUUCAGACCGUAUGCACUGCUGCCCAUCAGGAACUCGGUGUGAUACUUCCCAAUCGAGAUGCAUCACUGUAAUACAUAUUGAGUUUUUCAGCUGCAGCAGAGCCGACGGUAACUUUGGGUGCUGCCCAGUUAGGAGAGGUAUUUGUUGCGGAAAUGGAACGUUUUGUUGUCCUUACCAAUUCAGGUUAACAUUUCUGCAUAUCACAGUUUUUUAA